ACUUUGUGCACACAGAGCCUCGAACACAUCCCUAAUCUCCUCAGCCCUCCUCAAAUAAUCAGUAAACUUUUGUGUAAUUCCUUCUUUUAGCUUCGGAUUCUUCUCAUAUUUCAAAUGGGUCUUCAAAUAUUCUAAAGCAUUCAUGUAAAGAGUUAAAGCUUUUGUACAGCCACCACAACACCACCUCCAUCGUCGGCCACCGCAAAGCCAUCGUUUGCAACGGCGACGGCGGCUCUAGUGGCUCCUGUGUUGACAACAACCACCUCCAAUGAUGAUGAUAACAGCAUCUAGGUUUAGAUCGCCGACGGGGCAGGCUAUUUCCGGUUGUUUAAGUUAACCACAGUCCAUAUCUACUCUUGCAUGUGGUUUUCUUGACCCGAUCUGUGGCAGCUAGGGUUUCAAGGCAAGGUUUCCAACCUUUUUUUCAAUUUUCCAGCUACAUUUUUUGUUGUUUCAGAAUCAGAGGUUUAACCACAUUCCCGUCAUCUUUGGGCUUAUCCUAGCAGCGAUGAUGGAGCUGUGGUACUAAUCGGGUGAUUGGCACGGAGAGCUCGCUUUCUUCCGAUCUUUGUUGGUUCGAACUUCGAAGCAUCCAUGACAGAAAACGGAAUUAAGUCAGUUUGCAAUCAAAGAAGAAAGUUAAAAGACACCUCAUUUUCCUUUUUCUUUUGUCGAAAUCUGUUUCAAAAGCAUAUAUCCAGUUUCUAGAAUCAAUUUCUGUUUUUUAUUCUAACUAUUCGUGAAGAUUGGAUGGUAGAUUGUGGUGGUUACGUGCACUUAGCGGCAGCGCCGAAACCGUCAUCAUCGUUGCCGGUUGUAGUAGUAGAGUGAAAACUUUGGUGUUUGGUAGUUACAGCGGCAGUGACAAAGAUGUAAUAUGAGAAUAUGUGGUGUGUGGUAUUUGGGGGUAUUAAUGGAUCAAUAAGACUCAAGCAGGUGUUUUGGUCGGUGGUUGAGAUGGGAAAGGUGGCCUCUGAGCUCUUUAGGCCCAAGACCAUAACAGGCCCAACGUAUUUGUGAGGCAAAGUCGGUGGGAAACCACCGACUUUGUGUUUUAAGAUAGUAUAUAAUAUAGACAUACAAAUGAAAGAAAAAGAAGAGAAUUUGGCAUUGGGUAUCAUAAAACUCGGGUCAAAAAUCCAAGAUCCGACCCUUGCUAUUGUAUCCGUUGGCUUCAAAAUUCAAAUUCUCGAGAAAGAAAAUCGAACGUUUCCCUCUCUGAAACCCUACUUAAGUUUUGAUAAUCGCAUCGCAUUCGUUGUAUCAAAAACAUUCAAGCAGACACAACUUCUAAGAUCAUACGAUGGUGGCUCACACCCAAGUUUUUGAAUCAGAAUCAGAAACAGAAACGUACGAUUCCGAUGAUUCUCAACAAGACCCAAGCUUCCACAUUUUAGAAGAGACCCGAUCAAAGUUUUCGGAUCUUUCUAUCAAGAAAAAACCCAGUUCUCGUGUUCCAAGGGAGGUUGAUGAGGAGGAUGAUUGUAUAGAGAUUACUGUCCCUAAGUGGGAUGCAAAUGAAGAGAAAAGUUUUGAGAUUGUUCAAAAGAUCAUUGAAGAUUGUCAGGUGGAGAAACUGAAAGUGGAACAAUGUAAGCUGUAUCUAAGACGACACGGGUUGAGAUUAACGGGCAAGAAAGAUAUCCUGAUUGAACGCAUCAAGGAGCACAUUAGCAUUAUAAAUGGUGAAGGAGAACACAAGUACCCUGCUUCCACUUUUGUUAUGAAUUGUAAAGGUGAUGCAUGCACAGGAGAUAUUGUUAUGUUUGAACAGAAUGUUUAUGAAAUGUUUAACAUUGCUUCAAGGAGUGCUAGUGGGCCUCCUUGUGGCCAGAGGAUUGUAGCAGGUAGGAUCGUAAAAGAGAGCUACGGUGCUGCCAAACAACAACAUACAUUUACAAUUGAAGUGUUAUGGAGCAAGGGGACGAAACCACUCCCUCCCCUUCAUCCUCUACUCAUCAAAGGGAGGAAUUUGUAUAGAUUAAAGACUAUGAGACAGAGAUGGGAAGACGAAAGUGAAAGACAGAAAAUUUUGUCUGAAAAACAUGCUAGAGGUAAUGUGGCAAGAACUAACAGGGACGCACGGCUUCAUGAAAAGGAAAUGAGGAAGACACUCAGGGCCUCAAAAGGGAACAUUAAGAAUGAAAAACAAAAAGAUAAAAGACCAACACCUCCUGUAAUUCAGCAUUCAAAUGCACCAGUUAUGGUGGGCCGGGAUCAUGGAGCUUCAUAUAAAGAGAACAUGAUCCCCAAUACUACAAGGGGUCCGGGUGGUCCUUUGAGAAAAAGCUUUCAGGUAGAACAAAACAUGAUGAAUGAAAAACAAGAAAAUAAAAGAAACGCAUCUCCUACAUGCCACCCUAGAGUUCCUUCAGUUCAACAUGCAGGUGCACCAUUUAUGGGGGUUUUAGGUAACAGGGGCAUGGAUCAUGGAGCUCCAUAUAGAGAAAAUAUGAACCCCAGGGAUGUUGAUGGUCCUUUGAGACGGGUUGAACAAAACAUGGGGUUUUAUCCUUCAAGAACUUUUCAAAGGCAUGAUUAUGAUCUUCAGAAUCUUCCAAAAAGCUAUAGUUUCCAACAAGUCAGCAACAAACCAAGGGGCCAUUAUGAAGGAAAGCGGCAGCAGUUGUGCAGAUUCUAUCCAAUAGGUAGGUGCCACUACGGAACAAACUGCAAAUAUCUGCACUGAUAUCCAACAUUUUUUUUCUCUUCUAUUUUUGGAGGCAUUCAGAUUUUGAUUUUGUAUGAAUGAUGGCCAUCUACAACUUGCUCAAAAUUUGAGAUCACAAUUAGUAUAACAGCAUAUCAAACAUUGUGAAUCAAAUUUGUUUUUAUGUUC